AUGUCGUUGUCCAAUCCUGCUCCAUCGGAGCCCACGACAAUCGCGGCAAUCGAAGCGGCAUGCAGAGUUUUUGGAUACCUCCAUGCAAACCCUCCGCAGCCCCUCAAGAUCUGGCCCGAUGAGUUGGAACUGAUUUAUUUCAUCAUCAUGAAUUACUCGAAACCAGGACAAACCAUCACUACUAGUAGCAGCUCUGGCGUGUCUAUUUCCAUCCCUCAAAACCUUUCGCCGACCCAAUUCCCUUUCCCGAAGACAUGGUUGACCCAUAAAGGACGAGCGCAAAGGGCAGCGAAGGUCUUUCUCAUAGACGCCAAGCGGAUCUUCCUCAUGACAGAUGCUUUUCAGGAUUGGAAGAGGCAGCUAUUCACAACAUCAAUACUCGAUCUGCCUAACGAGUUGUUGCAGCUCAUUGCAGCUCAGCUACCGACAAAGUCUCUCGCUAGACUCUCUCAAUUGAAUCGCCGUCUCUUCAACGUGAUAGGCUUUGAGCUCUGGGGACUGGAUAGGACGCUCGGGGCACUGACAUGGAGCUUGGUCCAUUGUCAGUUGACAGCCUACAAAAAAGCAGUCGAAGAACUCUCGAAGAUCCCUGAAAGUAUGGAUAAUGAGUCCACGUGGAAAUUGUUUCCUGUGAUAGGCCCCCACAAUAUCCAUAUGUUGGAGGGUAUGGCUUUGAAAGAUGGUUUCAUUGGGCAAUUGUAUCGUCAAUUCCUCAUGGACACGCUGUCGCAUAAUCUAGUAUUGACGAAGCCCAAACAUCUAUCUGUUGAGGAGGUCCUCAAACUAGGGGCUGAUCCGAAUGGCCUCAGUGAUGACCCCCACCUUUGCGAAUUGGAACUUGGGCAUAUUCCAAUAAUGUUCAUUGCCAUCUGUGGUUCCCGUGAUCACUGUGCUGACUUUCUAGAGCACGAGGAAUGUCCGCACGAAUUUUACGAUUUUUCAAAGCCAACAGGAAACGUCAACAAUGUUCGCCUUUUUCUCAAAUACGGGGCUGAUCCAAAUUCCCACAUGUCCGACAAAACAUCGGCACUUCAUAUGGCAGUCUCCUUGUGCAAGUUCAUGGGAAAGUCAGAGAUGGUGAAAGAAUUGAUCAAAUAUGGCGCCAAUGCAAACGCAAUUGGCCCCCAGGGGAAAACUCCUCUUCACUUGGCAGUUAGUCCAAAUAAUUGUUUUGACUUCCACGAUCCCUGCAAAGACACAAUCAAUGCCCUUCUUCAAGCCCCGGGUAUUGACCUUGACCCGCGUGAUGAGAAUGGCCGUACGCCCUUGAGCAUUGCUGCCGGCCUUGACAGUGCCGUCUCUGUUUGGUUUGUGGAAAGAGUGUUCAAAAAGCACAAUGUUGAUAUCAAUUCCCAAGAUAUUCAUGGGAAGACGGUAUUAUACCAUUCAGUGGAGAGCGGAAACAUAAAAGCUACCAAGCUGCUGCUGUCACGGCGUGGCAUUGACCCAAAUCUCAAUACUAAAUACUUGCCCUUGUUUUUCGCCGUUUCGAAUGGAAUGACAACGAUGGUGGAGAGUUUGCUAAGCAAAAAGGCAACCAACCCGAACUGGAAAAACAACAAUGGGCGUCUCGCUCUGACGUUGCAAACUUCAAAAAAUAUAAUCAAGCUGCUUAUCGAAGCUGGUGCUGAGCUGGACAUUCGAGAUAGCACGGGUCUGACUGCACGAGAAACGAUCUCCCAGGCGGGCAUCAAUAUUGAGCAGCUAAUGCGCCCAAGCAGAAAAAGAAAAAGGUAG